UUUAUAACAUUUCUGUUAAAGGUUUUCGGAACGAAUGUAAAGCUGACUCCCCUAUAAAACACAAUUGCAUGUAUACUAAUUUGAGUGGUGAAAUGAAAACUGCUCAUUGUGAAGAACAACAUUUCCCGAUCUGUAAAAAAGGUAAAGGAAAAGGUGAUCUCGACUUGUUUGUCAACAAGACAGACGAUUUACAAAAAAUGUCCUGGAAGGAUGCAAAUUCAUUUUGUCGGAAACAUGGAGGUGUACUUGCUGAUUUGUCUGAUGGAGUAGGUUCACUAAAAGGUAGAUGGGAAGAUCUGACACAAAGUCCACCCUCGUCAAUGUUCUGGAUAGCACUUAAUAGAGCGAACACAACUACAAAGCUCCUGAUGGAAAAUUCAACGCUUGGAAAUUCCUCACGGUGCCUUUACAUCAGAAAAGAAUUGAGAGAAAGCAAGAAUUGCUCACAACGGGCAUUUGCUUCUUGUCGAAAAAAUAUGAAUGUCACUCAGAUCCCCGACAGCACACCAUCUCCUGCCAUCGACAGCAAACCAUCUACCGCCGACAACAGCACACCAUCUAUUGCCGACAACCGCACACCAUCUCCUGCCACCAAACCUAUUAUAAUUUAUAUUGUAAUUCCAUCUGUUGUUGUGGUAAUUGCUGUCAUCGGAACUGUAAUAUUUAUUCUGGCGAGGAAAAGAAAAAAGACGUCGAGGGCAUUGCAGCACGAAACCCGUCAGCAAUAUGACUACACCGAGAUUGGAGGCGGACAGACUCCCGGUAGGUUUGGCCUACAAAUGCAGGUUGUAGAAACUAGUACCAAUGCUGCAUCUGGAAGUGGGUUAAAUAUCGAAACCCAUGGAUAUGAAACAGAAACCAUGGAUGAAGGCAACUAUGAUAAACUGGACAAGAAAUCCAAUAUUAAGCAGAAGUCGAAUGUGUGCGAAUCAAACGCGUACGAAAGAGCAUUUCCAAUGCAGGACGGCAUUUACAACGAGAUGCAGACCGGCACAGACAACGGCAAAGAAGGUGCGCGAGACUCGUUCUACGCUACUGCUCAAUCUUGCUCAACAAGGGAGGGUAAUUACGAUGAAUUCCAGAAACGAAAUAUGUCAACUGGGGCUGAAGGGGCUGAAUCUGAUUACGACCACGUGAUUCACAAAACUGACUGAAGAGUUAUUAUGUUCUUUAAAUCUGCAAUUUACAGAUGAAGUAAUCGCCAGUAAAUGGCACCACGAACUUUACUUCAGUGCAUGCUAAAUUUGCUGGAAUCGACUGUGAGAUUCAUGUGAUUCUGUUAUUCAGGAAGUACAAGCGACAAUUUUACAAUCGACAAUAAUUUUGAAAACGACAACGACACACGUUUUAUACGUGUUACAUAAAAUAAAGCAAAGUUAAAACGAAUUAUCGGCUAAAUGUAAAGUAUUAUAGUGGAAUAAUUUGACGCAUCUGACACUUAAAUAAGUAUUUUAAAAAAUGCAUAUAUGAUUAUUACAAUUUCCUUUUCGGAAAAUCCGGUAAAAUAGGUAUUAUCAUUGAUAUAAUGUUGGUUUCUGAAAAUCACCUGAUUUUAGUGUACACUUAUUAUCGUGAAAGUUCUACAAACGACGCAUUCGCGAGACUUUGAAUUGGAAAAAAAAGGAUAAAGGACCGUUUCAUUUUUAUUUUUAUUUGUUUCUUACCAAAUAAAUAUUGCUUAUAAAUCAUAUUAAAGAAACUAUCCUCCCUGUGUGGCGCAGACAGGGAAAUCUCUAACCAUGGGUCAGAGUUGUUAUGUUUAGUAAAAGGCUUUUUUAUUAAUUUUGUUUCACACUUUCUUACCAUAAAAACAAGUUGUCAUGAUUAACCAAGUGGAUUGCACAAUCAUCAAUGGAGCAUGAAAUGUUUGACAAAAUUGAUGACGUUACCCUGGUAACGCGGCAUAAAAUGAUGACGCGGUGGUGACGUUUUCAAAAUAAUAGCGCGUGAGCAGUUUUGCGCCUUGUAGGUAAAGACAGAUAAUUUUGUUUAGCAAACAUAAGUAAUGUAUUGAAUUCGACAAUUUCUAUCUCGUUAAAUUUAGACAAAUCAAAGGUAUUUAUAACAUUUUGCUUAAACCAAACUUAACCCAGGCACUCCCGUAAAUGUUAUCAAAGCGUCCAAAUCUUAUUCUCCAUAUCCUCCCUAUCCAUACUAUAUUAUAUCAGUGGUAUUCAUCGAUUUAAAUUCGUGGGGUCAACAGAAUAGGGAAAUUUCAAGUUAAGUCAGUCUUGGAUAGGAUGAAACGUAAGAGUGUGUAUUUGAGUGAAAUCGUGAAGAUGGGACAGGUAUAUGUUUUUUUUUUUAUAUGAGUCCGUGGAAAAUGUUUUUGGCACUACUACGUAUGCACGUAGGUCAUGAUGACUCUUUGCAAUGUCUUAUAUACAUUAUGUGUAAACUUUGUGGGCUGUGUUCCGUAAACACGUGCAUCACUGAUGAUGAUGAUGAUGAUGAUGACGAUUGGAUGUGUUGGAAUGUUUAGAUAAGAUGAUGUAAUAAUUAUGAGAAUGCUAUUAUAUAUUGUAAUAUUGAUGUUGAUAUGAUAUCAUGAUGAUGAAGAUGACUGAUAAUAAUGAUGCGUCAAUGAUAAAAUGUGAUGUCAUGAUGAUUUGCAAGUUUGAAAGUGGUGUUGUGAAAAGCGUGAGGAAAUAUGCUUACUUGUUUGUUAAGUAUUUUUGUGAAUGAAUACAAAAAGUUAUAAAAAGCGCAUUUAACAAUCCAGAGUCGACAAAAAAGCAUUUACCCGUAUUUCAAAGUAUCGUUAUUUUAUACAAAUGCUUAUGUAAAAUGUAUGCUCAUUCAUUGACAUAUGAAUAUAUAUACUCAAUCACAUCCAAUGAUAUCCCCCUUUAUUUAAUCACCUGAUCGAUGUACUCCAAUCAUAUGCCCUGCUGGUAAAUUAACAUGCGUGUACAUAUUAAAAUGGAAACACAGUUUUUGGACUCGCAAAGCGAUGUCCAAUGUAAUCGGUUUUUUUUGCUGGAAGUAAUGAAUUUUUCCCUGGUGAGGACAAAUAACCUACUUUAUGUUGCACCGACAAAUUUAAGAGUUGUCGUACAUUCGUAUUGCGAUGCACAGAGGUACGUUAUAUUUUAUUCGAUCAGAGACAGUAAAUCACUUUAUCAGAGCCCGGACAGGCGUGUUUUUCGCGGCGCGCUGAAUGUAAUUUAAAGGGCUGCUAUAUAUAAUAAGCAUUGUCAGUUUUUCUUAACUAUUACCAAUACAGUUUUAAGAACUGUCAGCUUAGAUUUCAAAAUAAUGUUAACGUAGACUAUAUCGCAAUGCCCACCCUAUUGGAAAUAGUCGCGAGUUCACGUGGCCAUUGGCUUCCUGUUAUUAAUGCUUUUCAUACUGCUCGUGCUUUCCUAUUACCGGACAGAAAUUGUUAUAAAACAGCUAUAAAUGUACAUUCACAACAUAACAGUGCAAAGCUUUUGCAUUUUAGCCUGUUUGAUCUGGCUCUGGAAACACAAAACAACAAAAAAUGAAAUGUACAAGGAUAUUAUAUUGUCAUUAGAACAGCGGCGGAACAGCUGUAUAGUGUAGUGUAAUUUAUUUUUGAUAUAAUUCAUCUCCUUAAAUAUUUGAAAGGUGCAAUCACAUGUGUAUGCCCGAGAAUACUGAUUAUGGACGACACCACUCAAACCUUUCUGUAAAAUUUAAAUGUAUGCGAAAGAUUAAAAGGUAUGAGUGUCGCAACUUUUGCAUUUUGCCUUAUAGGUAAUUUAUUUGUCAUUUAUCAUUUAACGAAUGCAGCCCAUUGCUGUCUUUUAAUCUAAUGACGUUUUCUUGAAUAAUUAUGCACAAAAAAAUAUGUCAAUAGUUUUAUUUCCAUCAUACCCAUUCCUCCCUUUAAAUUGUUCUAAACAAACUACAUGUUCAUUUCUCUACAAUGAAAACUAAUUUUCCAUUCUGUAUAAAUGUCCAUGUAAUGUUCGUUUCUUUCAUAAAUUAAUCAGUGAUGGUCGAUACUUCAUGCAUAGCACAUCCGUAUUUUUGGUCUAUUAUAUCAUCUUGAAGGUAGGAGCCGAAGUGUCGUUGUUUAGUGUUAAGGUCAUCUGAGUCACACAGGUGACCUAUUGCCAUUGCCUUUCGUCGUCCGUCGUACGAAAACAAUUCCAUUGUAGACUUCUCCUUAGAAAUCGUCUGUCAGAUGAAACAUGAUGGUAAUCAUAUGCCCAUGGUGGCGAUCAGAUAUAUACCCAAGAUAACGCUAGGGUAAAUGUCACAUUUUCGACUUCUCCUCAGAAACCAUCAGGAAGAUUUGUAUGACACUUUGUGGUGAUAAUCAGUGUGAGGUGCAUACAUGUAUAAGAAUCUUUAAUCGAGAUAAGACUGCCUAUCCAAGGGGGCUGAGGUGCAGGGUUAUAAGGGGUCACGGACUGGAAAACCGUCAAAAGACUUCAGUAAAACUUACACAUGAUUUUUUACUAAUUGAUGCGUAGAUGAUGAGGAUCAUAAUCUAUACUAAAGAAGAUGCUGGCCCCAGAUUGGGGCCGUACUCAUGGUUACUCACUUAGUGCAAAACCUGAAGCAAUCAGAUUUUUUUAAAAUUCUUUCCCGAAGCUUUCUGCCAGAUUUGAAUUAAACUUAUUGCUAUAUUUAAUCAUACACAUUAGAUGGGGAUCAGAAUUUAUACUAAGAUUGGUCUGACCCUGUAUGUGCUCUCGUGCCGGAGACAAAUGAGUUAAAUUGGCUAAGAUUUCAACAAUAUUCUUCUUCAGACCCACAUAUGCUAGAAUUAUAUUCUCUUCGUAGACUGAAAACGUCCAAAUAUGCAUUAUUAAAGUUGCGAAUUUCAUUACCCCUGGAUCCCCUUUUCCUCGUUCUCCUCCCCAAUGUGCAGGGGGUAAUAAUUACUAUUGUUUAUAAUUUGUUGAAUUUCAUUGGGAAGUCAUUCAGGCUUACAUAGAAUUUUAUGUUUGCAGUUAACUAUUACCCCUUUAUGGCGUAUAUUUCACUUUAUUGCAGUAUUAUUUUAUCAUCUUACUGACAUUUACUAGCUCUGUAGAAAUGUUGGCUUCUCAUUAACAUAAUUUUGUCAAAUUUAAUCCCUGUGUUUUGGUUAAAUGUACCGUUAUAUGUCAUAUAGCAAUAACAAGCUAGAACAUUGUUCGACUAGGUCCAUGAUUUCUUUGGGGGUUUUGUUGGUUUGUUUUUCGUUGGUUUGUUGUGGUAUUUAUUUGGGGGUUGGGAAGCGGGGGUAGUUGGUUUACAUUUUUUUAUGUCAUAUGCACACAAACAAUUCCUUGAUAUACAAUUUAUAUAAUAUUUUGGGCCCAAUUAAGGUAUCCCGAGGACAAAAAUUAUGUGUUCACAAGAAUCUGAAAUCGUUUUUCACAAGUAAGAUGUAAAAAAAGAAGAAACAUUACUAUUUCAUCCAUAUAAUAUAUAUUUGUGGGGGUAUAUUUUGUGUUCGAAGUGGUCAAAAGCCUUAUGGCGAUCAAUGAAAUGUACAUCACGCAAGUGAGGCUACAUUUUCACAGUUAACUAUACCAGUAGUAUGGCGGUAUUUCUGUUUAUCAAACUGAUAUUUUAUAAGUAAAUUAUCAUUGUAGACGAACUGGCCAUGGUACACUCGUUAUUCCUGAGGGAUAUUUCAUAGGAAUAUAUACAUGUGGGUUGGUCUUUACUCUAUGAACUAGAACAACAAUUUAAAUUGGCGUAUUUUUAAAUAUACAGUUCACCAUCUCAUGAUCGAUUAAGAUGCUCUGCUGUCAGUUAUAUUUUUCCUUUUUUCUUUUAUAAAUUAUCAAAUAGUUAUAAUAGUAUUGAAUGAAGUCCAUUCCCGGGGAUUCUGAAGAUGUUAAUAAGUUGCUGGGGUAAAUACGGACAUAUGUCUAUAUAUAUAUAUGAUAUUAUUCAGAGCAUGUUUUUGUUUGAAUACUGUAUUUUCUUUUACUUCAACAACCUAAGUUUUGCUGCAAUAAAGACAUUUUAUAUCCUCUUUUCAAAAUAGCUGUAUUUAAGAGCAAAUCGUUUGUAUUUCAAAAAGAAAAUGUGACUGGUCAUGUUUUAAAAUGUAAUCUUGGACUAAAUUGCUGAAAAAAGAGUUGAUUUGAUUCCUGUUCAUUUACCUACGUGUUUGGCAUCGACAAUUAUACCGUAUACCUAGUCAUCACACCGGUUAAGUAAAUAUCUAAAAUAUUUUCAAUAGUUGCUGUUUUAAAGUCUGUAAAUGUAGCAUUUUAUUAACAAAAACUGCUUAAUUAAAGGUAAGUUUAUUUCAUGUCUUCAUUUUAAUUCUUGUUUAUGCUUAUAAAGUGCAUUUCCAUUAAAAGAUAUUUGCGUUUUGUUUUACUGAUCGUUUCUACAUCUGUUGGAUUAUACUUGUUUGGAGAAAGAUAUGAUAAAAGUGGCUUUUCUCGGAGACAUUAUACAAUGUAAACGUUUCGUAGUAAAAUUCAUAUGGACCAAUCAUAGUUUGAAUCGUACAAACGUCAUUUAAACAGUGAAUAGGAACAGUUUUAUUGCAGAAACAUACGGUAUUUAGUAUGCAACGGUCCCUUAUAUAUUACCUAAAUGUAUCAGAAAGUCAUGUUUGCAAAAAGUCUGUUAUAUAUGUCUGCUAUAUCCAAAAUAAGUCAUGUACGUGUCUGUUAUAUAUAAUUGUAUUGUUAGUCUGUUCUAUACGAGUAAAUCAUAUAUGCGUCUGUUGCGUACACUUUGUCUUGCACGAGUGUCUUUCAUAAAGAUUUAAUUAUUGCACUCAUGUGUUAUAAGUAAUAUUAUCACGCAGUUUUAUAAACAACUAAGCCUUGCAGGUGUUUGUUGUUUAUAAUUAAAUCACCCAUGUGUCUGUUAAUGUUAUUUAGUCUUGCUCAUGUGUUUUUUUAAAUACGUUUAAUUCUAGGACGUUUCUGCUAUAUCAAAUGAAUACGUGCACGUGUCUGCUAUAUAAAAUUGAUUUAGCCGCUUCAUUUUAAUUUCCUGCACGUGACAAUUAGGAAUAUUUAAGACUUAUGUAAGUACGUAUUUUACAUAAGUUAGUAUUGCCCACGCGUCAGUUUAAUACAUUUAUAGAUUGUACAUGUCUGCUUUCAAUCAAGCCAUGCAAGAAUCUAUUAGAAAUGUAUUUAUAACUAAGUCUUGCACAAAAACACCAACCAUCAUUAAUAUCAUAGAAAAAAUACUUUAAGGCACUUUACAAAGCAUGAAUGAGUAUUGCUU